GAGGCGUGCCUCUCGCUGGCGGAGCAGUACUGGCAACUGUCUCCUACGGAAAGUAGCUAAGCUUUGUCCGAAAGUCGCUAGGUGUUUUUUUUUUUUUAAACGUGGCUAAAGGGGCCUGAGUCAAAGUCGCUAAAUCUAGCGACAAAGUCGCUAAGAUGGCAACAGUGCGUAGAAGGAGACUUUGGUCGGUCGGAACCGGAAAGACUCAGUACUAGGCGCAACCUCUUCCAUCGACUAAAGGAAAACCCAACUCUAGCUGUACAAUUGCAGCACCUGUUUGGAGCCGAAACUGUCUGAUGCGAACGGUUGACGCGCAGGUCGAGACUUUCACAACUCGCAACACGACAGACCUGUGAAGCAGCCAUGACAAGGGAGAGAGAGACACAAAGGAGAACAGGGACGUUAGGACGGGUUUGCAUCUACAACGCUCAUCAAUCCAACGAAAAAGGAAGGUGAACAGGGGGAGAAAACAUGGAUGAGAAGAGAGAGAAGAGGAGGGGGAGGGGUAUGGGGGAAGAGAGAAGGUUGGUGAAGGUGAAGGAUGGACACAGGGACCUGGCGAUGAGAGCUUCGCUUGUACCUGUUGGUACAACUGAGGCGAUGGAAUGGAAUAGGGAGACAGAAAUGAAUGAUGAAAAGAGUGAAGGAAAAGAAACAAGUAAGGGGGAGGAGAAGAAAGGAGAGCAUAAAAGCCUAACAAGGAAGGAAAGCAAAGAUAAUGAGGAUGAGAGCAAACCUGCCUCUUCGCUGCUCUCUGUUUCUCCAUCUCUGGACACCUGGACCCCUACUCCCUUGACCUCCUCUUCACCUUCACCUCCUUGGCAUCUUCCUCCUCUGUCUAUCUCCUCCUCAUUGUCCUCCCCCCUCCCCCUCACUCAGCCUGUGGAGCUGUGUGCAGUUCUUUGUGACAACCAGUUGACUCUGGAUGUGUACUUGGGCGGGGCAGCCAUGCUACCUGUCCUGUUGGAGUCUGUCCCGGAGCAGGUGAGGAAGGUGAAGUACCUGAGGCUCGGUUCAGAGGACAGUGAUGGGCUGGAAAGAGCACUUGCCAUUCUGCCCCACUUCACACUGCUGCGUUCACUGGCUAUCCGAGGCCACUGCCUCCAGGACCCCAGGGGCAAUGCCCUCCCUGGUCUCCUGUCCUCUCUGCCCCCCUCCCUGUCCUCUCUAUCCCUCCUCACCCAUUUGGACUUCUCUUUCAAUCAACUGUCCUCCCUCCCCUCCUGUCUGCUCUCGCUGCCCCACCUCUCCACACUCCUUCUCUCUCACAACCUCCUCUCAACCCUGCCCUCCUCCCUUGGGUGUCUGCACUCUCUUACCUACCUCACUCUCAUGGGUAACCGGCUGCAGUCCAUCCCCCCCUGCCUGGGGGAGCUGAGGGCACUGCAGACCCUGGACCUCUCGUACAACCUUCUAGAGGCCGUUCCCAAGGAGGCAGGGCUGCUGGAGGGUCUGCGCACCCUGGAGCUGUCCCAUAACAGACUGAGGGAGCUGCCAGACACUAUGGGUUCUCUCCUUUCUCUGAGAGAGCUGGUCAUCCACAGCAACAAUCUUCACUCAGUUCCAGAGUGUGUGAAAAACCUGCCCCACCUUGUUAGACUGGAUACACGCAACAAUCCCCUGGGGUGGCCCCUAACCCCACUUCCACCUGCUCCCGCCCUCCCAGCCCAGACAGAAACUGAACUUCCUGAGUUACACAUUGGACCCAAUCAGCAUUGCUUCUAUGUAAGUGCUGCUGGAUGUCAUGUUUUUCUCCCGGGAGGGGCGGAGCUGUUGUUCCCCCAGGGAUGCAUGGUUUCCACAGUGACACUAAAGUGGGCAGAGAGGAGACCGGACAGGAAGUGGAUAUGGCUAGAGGAGCACGACUUCCUUUUGAGCCGACCACUGGAACUCCUUCCACAUGGCACAGCCUUCCUGAAGCCCAUAGAAAUCUGUGUGCCAUACCGUAAGGCACGAAGGGGAGAAGUGGUGGUUCGGAGGUUUGAUGGCGAGUCCUGGAGUACACUACCCACCACCACGAGGAGAGGGAGCCAGAGACACAGUGUCCGGCCAGUGGGGCGGCCAGCACGGCUUGCCUGCUGUUCUGUGAGCCAGUUCUCCUGGUUUGUGGUUGUGUCUCGUCUGGUGAGAGAUACUUGCUCAGUCCCAUCAGAGGGGGCGUUGUUAGUGUCAAGUGUUGAUCCAGCAAUCAAGCUCAUGUUUCCCCAGGGGUGCACCCAGCAGACCCGUACCAUCAUUCUUCAGGUCCUCCAGGUGGCGCUAUCUGAGGUGCAGGAGCUGAGUGGAGACUCCCAGGCCAGUGCCAGUUCUCUGCUGUGUCUCUCCCAGGAGCCCAGCAUUCCGUUUCUGCGGCCGGUGAGGGUGCAGAUGCCCUUGCCUCCCGGACUCACUGGUCACACAAUGGAUGUGUCAUGUCUUUACCUGCUGCAUGGAGACCCAGUGGCCCACACCUGGACGGACGUGACACCACAGGCCUCUCUUCAAAUCACUCAUCUCUACGCCGUCUUCACCAUCACACACUUUUCCUGGUACUGGCUGUGGUACACCACUCAGCGCUGUGUCAGUGGGGUGGUGCGGAAGGUGUAUGAACGGCUCCGACAGUUCCGGGUCCAGUUCCUGGUUCUGCAGAGAAGGACCGAUCCAAUGCAGGUGCUGUUGCAGUGUCUGCCGACCAACAAGGUGGAGAGCACGGUGUGCUCUCUGUCUACACAGUAUGAUGGACCCCAGCCUUCAGAUGUGUGUGAACUGCUGGAGGGGGAGCAGUUCUUUGCUGGCUUUGAGAGGGGCAUCGACAUUAACACAGACCGGCCAGACUGCAUAGAGGGACGACUCUCUUUUGUUUUUUACUCCCACUUGAAGAAUCACAAAGAGAUAUACAUCUGCCCUAGCCCGGGGCAGGAAGAGCCAGUGAGGGGGCAGGUAUCAUUCUACCGAGGGGAGGUACCCAGUGACAUCCCACAGGAAGUUACACAGAAGAGGAAGGGACCUGAUACCCAGUGGCUGGCGACCUUACCUUUGAAGCUUCCUCUCUCAGGGUGGAUCUGGACUCGCGCAGCACAUCAGUCAGCCAUGGAGCAGGAAUGGAACUGCAGGGGGAAUGCUCCAAGUGGUCCUGGCGAUCUGUACACCACAGUGAUGUACAGGUCAGAGGGGAGAGAGAUGGACACUGCAUGGAACUCGAACAAACAAGGCAGCUUUCGCCUUCCAUACUUAGAUGUUAAGUAUUCCUACCUACCUAAUAGGGAGUUAUUCCCCCUUUUGCCCUCAAAACAGCCAGAAUUCAUUGUGGCGUGGAAUCAACAAGACAUUGAAUGUGCAGGACACGGAUUCUGGUCCACGUUGACCCCAGUGCUUCCCAUAGCAGUUGCAACUUGGCUGGUGGUGGAUGUGUCUACAACAAAUAGCUUGUUCCAUUUCAUCCCACAGAUGUUCAAAUGGAUUGACAUCUGGUGACUGAAGUACGCUGAAUUCACUGUCAUGUGCCCGGAAUCAUUCCUGGUUUCUGCCUUGUGGCAUGGAGCAUUAUCCUGCUGAAAAAGCCCAUUCAUAGAUGGAUACACUGCUGCCAUGAAGGGAUGCAUCUUAUUGGCAAUGAUGUUCAGAUAUUUUGUGGCACUCAAAUGUACUCAUAUCAAGGUAACCAGUGUAUGCCAGGAAAACACUCUCCACAUCAUUAUACCUCCACCACCAGCCUGCAUUGUUAACAUCUAGCAGGAUGGAUCCAUGGACUAACGCAGGUUUCACCAUUCUCCCACCAGCAUGAAACUGCAGGAACUGGGAUUCUUCAGACCAGGCGAUGUUUUCUCAAUCCUCCACUGUCCAGUGUUUGUGUUCCUCAGCUGAUUACAACCGCAGACUUUUAUUUUCCACUGUCAAGAGUAGAACUUUGUUAGGUUGACAGCUGCUAUGCCCCAUCUGUAACAAGGUACAACAAGUUGUGCAUUCUGACAUUCCUCUUUCAGCUCAACUGUUGUACUCAGCUGACAGUUUACUGACUGUAUCCCAUCUGUUACCCUGCACAAGUCAUGUCAGCCUCGAUUGCCCUCUUUCAUCAAUGGUCUGUUUCUGACCACAGGACCUCUGUUGGCUGGAUGUUUUUGGGUGGUGGACCAUUCUUAAUAUACCCGUGACACUCUCAUGCAUAUAAACCGCAGCAGGACUGCUGUUUCUGAUAUACUCAUACUGGUGCAUCUGGCUGUCACUACCAUACUGCUUUCAUAGACACUUAAAUUUUGUCUUGCCCAUUCACCUUCUCAAUUGAACUCAGACACACAAUAUGUGCCUGCCCACAUGCUUGAAAUAGUAUAGUGUGAAUGUGAUGCUGUCAUUGAUUGAGCUGUCUCUUUCAUGGAAAAGGCAGGUGUACCUAUUAAAGUGGCCACUCAGUGGGUAUAUGUAUAUUACAAUGUUACAAUUUUAUCAUUCAGUAUUACUGUAGCAGGGAGUAUUCAACCCCUCCCCCCCUCUCAUGC